UCACACAACAACAUCAAACUUCAUACCAACACACACACAAACAAACUACACCAAACAAACUUCAAUCAAUCCAAAAUGGAGACCAUCAAGAACGCCGCCAACUACGUUUCCGAGUCCGUCCAAGGCACCGGUUCUCAAGCUUCCAAGGAGGCCAACAAGCAAGUCGCCAAGGACAACGAUGCCAGCUUGAGCUCCCGCGCCACUGCCGCAAAGGAUGCCGUCGGAGACAAGCUCGACCAGACCUCCCACGAGACCAAGGCUGAUGUCCACAAGGAGGCUGCUAAGCACUAAAUUGUGACACCACCAAUGAUUGAUCUUGGGAUGGUAUGCAUGGAGGGUUUCUCAUUGUGCGAUAGGAUGGCGUCAUAGGGACAUGGCUGGCAUGGACAAGCAUCGGUGGCUCUACACUUUUUCGGUGGCAUGAAUACCCGGUAGCAUAGCAAUCGAAGCUUUGUAGAAAUUUCUUCUUCCCGAAAUGUG